AUGUUUGUACAGCGGAGCGAUAUGACUCGCGAUGAAAUUGAACGGGGGUGUCGGAUGAUGUCUCUGCCGCAGCUCUCCAAACGCCCCUUGCAUAAGAAGUCCUUCCUCGUCGUUGGCUGUGGUGGUUUGGCUAACACCUGCGCGACUUACAUAGCAGCAUGCUUGUUGCCUGGUUGCCGCAUUACUCUCAUUGAUGGAGACCUGGUGGAGGCUUCCAAUCUACAGCGACAGCAUCAGCUGUAUUCAGUGAAGGACGUGGGACGUAGAAAGGCCGCCUCUGCCCGGGUAGCUUGUCGUCGUGUAGCUAUGAAAGGGGUCUCGGUUGAGGUGGCUUCUGGUAUGCUCAGUAAAGCCAAUGUUCGUGACCUAGUGAGCAAGCAUGAUAUCAUCUUGGACUGCACAGACUGUCCUGCGACACGCUGGCUGCUCUCCUCAGCCUGUGCUACUGCGAGACGACCCUUCGUGUCGGGAGCGGCUAUGGAAUGGUCUGGCCAGGUGACUGUCUAUUGCAGUGGAGAGGCGGGGCCUUGCAUGCGGUGUGUGUUUCCGGAGCCUUCUGAUGGGGGAGGGGGCAGAGGGGGAUGCGACACUCUCGGAGUAUUCCCUCCUUUACCUGGCAUGAUCGGCUGUGUGAUGGCCUCAGAGGCCCUCAAGCUUGCCCUAAUGGACGGUUCCCAGCUAGAGGAGGCCAGCCUAUCCGGACGCCUGUUGUUGGUGGAUAUGCUUGACGGAGGCCUCUCUACGAGGACAGUAGCGUUGAAGCGGCGACCAGACUGCCCGGUGUGUGGGUGGACGGAGGAGUCUGCCGCGGCACAGGACCGUAGUGAUGCUAGUAGCCUACAUGAUGAUGGCGAUGGGGUGCAGUUGCUGCCAGCUGUCAACAGUAUCGGCCCUAAACAGUUACGGCACCUCAUGCUUGAGAGCCCAUCAGCAGCCUGUCUGGUCAUCGACGUUCGACCCAAACCACAGUUCGACAUGGUCCAUCUCAGAGGCAGCGUCAAUGUCCCUUAUGAGGACUCUCAGGAGUUCGUGGAUAAAGUGAAGGCCUUGCUUGAGGACCAUCGUCCGAACACUGCUGUUGUGUGUUGUCGGAAAGGUAACGACAGCCGUCUUGCUGUUUGUGCAUUGCAGACGUCAUUCAAGUACCUAUUGAAUUUAGAUGGCGGCAUCAUGCAAGCCGCCAAGGAGCUGGGUGUCGCUGGGAAGCACCUAUUCGUCCCGUAG